GAAAGUAAAUAAGAUUUUACAAAUGUGGUCAAGUGAUUUAAUAAUUUUUUGUUUCGUAUUUGUAAUACAAGAAGCUAUUAGUUCGAAAAUAUUAUUUCCCCAAAUUGAUGACUUCCCAGACGAAUGCAAAGCUUUUGAUGGCAGUGACGGAGUUUGUCUAAAUAUAAAAUUAUGUCCACAUGCAUUUACUGCAAGAAAUGAUGAAGUGAAAACCUGCUACUUUCAAAGAUCGGAACAGUUUGUUUGCUGUAGUGAUAGUCCUUUUUACAAUCUCAAAGAACGUAAAUCUACAAGAGAAUGUAAAGAUUUUUAUCCAAUGCGCUUUGAUAUGGUUAUGGGUAUUAUGACACAACGUGCUGAGUUCCCGUAUAUGGCAGCAGUUGGUUGGGAAUCACAAGUGACAAAUAUUACUGAUUACAGAUGUGGCGGUGUCAUGAUCUCAAAUGAUUAUAUUUUAACUGCAGCACAUUGCACUGAUUUCAAUGGUGAUCCACCUUCAGUUGUUGUUCUUGGUGGUGUGAAUUUGAGUGAAGAUAAUUAUACAAAACAUAUAAUCUCUGAAGUAAUACCGCAUCCAGCUUACGAUCCUAAUUUUGCUUACAAUGAUAUUGCAUUAUUAAAACUAAAGAAAUCAGUUUACGGUUCUGAUAAAGCCUGCCUCUGGAAUUCUUUUGCUCUAAGUAAAACCAAUGUUACUGCAAUCGGUUAUGGACACACGCGGUUUGGUGGUUCCCCAUCUUCUCAUCUUUUAAAAGCAUAUUUAACAGUUCAGUCUAAAAAGGACUGUCAAAAACACUAUGAUGAUGAAUAUAAUAUACCAAAAGGCAUUACUGAUCAACAAAUUUGUGCAAAAGAUCCUGAAAAUAUUAGGGAUACAUGCCAGGGUGAUUCCGGUGGUCCAAUUUUAAUACACGCAAUGUUAGAAAGCAGAUAUGUACCUUACGUAGUAGGCAUUACUUCGUUUGGACAGGGCUGUGCUGGUGAGCCACCAGGUGUAUACACUCGAGUAUCGGAGUAUAUUGACUGGAUUGAAACUACUGUUUGGCCCAAUUAGCUAAUUAAGCGUAUAAUAUAUUUAACUUAGAUAUAACUAAAAAAACUAUUUAUUGCUUUAAUGAUAAAUCUUACUAAAAUAAAUAAAAUUGGUGAAUUUUGUGCUGUUAAUUCGAAAUAAAAAAAAAAUUUUUUAUCCAAACUUGUUUU